AUGAAGCAACCUGUUCGCGUUGCCGUUACUGGCGCUGCUGGUCAAAUCGGUUAUAGCCUAUUAUUCCGUAUCGCUAGUGGCGAAAUGUUAGGUAAAGACCAACCAGUUAUUCUGCAAUUGUUAGAAGUUCCUUUUGAGAAAGCUCAAGCUGCGCUUAAAGGCGUAAUGAUGGAAUUAGACGACUGUGCUUUCCCAUUAUUGGCUGGCAUGAUCGGUACUGAUGAUCCAAAAGUUGCAUUUAAAGAUGCUGACUACGCGUUAUUGGUUGGUUCACGUCCACGUGGUCCAGGUAUGGAACGUGCUGACUUAUUGAAAGUGAACGGUGAAAUCUUCAUCGGUCAAGGUCAAGCACUAAACGAAGUUGCUAGCCGUGACGUUAAAGUACUUGUUGUAGGUAACCCUGCAAAUACAAAUGCUUACAUCGCAAUGAAAUCUGCUCCAGAUCUUCCAGCGAAAAACUUCACAGCAAUGUUACGUCUUGACCACAACCGUGCGUUGACUCAAAUUGCUCAAAAAGCGGGUGUUGCUGUAGCAGACAUCAAAAACAUGACUGUUUGGGGUAACCACUCUCCAACGAUGUAUGCUGACUACCGUUUUGCAACUGUAAACGGCGAAAGCUUAAAAGACAAAAUCAACGAUGCUGACUGGAACGCGAAUGUAUUCCUUCCAACUGUUGGUAAACGUGGUGCUGCGAUUAUCGAAGCGCGUGGUUUGUCUUCAGCUGCUUCAGCUGCGAACGCUGCUAUCGACCAUAUGCGCGAUUGGGCUCUUGGCACAAAUGGCGAAUGGGUAACGAUGGGUAUUCCUUCUGACGGUUCUUAUGGUAUUCCUGAAGGCGUAAUGUACGGUGUUCCUGUAACUUGCGAAAAUGGCGAAUACACACGUGUUGAAGGCCUAGAAAUCGAUGCGUUCAGCCGUGAGCGUAUGGACAAAACUCUUCAAGAACUUGAAGAAGAGCGCGCAGCAAUUGCUGACAUGCUUAAAUAA